CCGUCCGCUGCGAUUGGCACGGAUUUGGCCUUCACUGGUAGCCUGGUAACAUAUACUCCCAGGUCUUCCUCUGCCUCUGUGGUGGAUAGUGGAGUGUUUCCCAUGUGGUAUUGGUGUGCUGGAUAUCCCUUCACUGGUAGCCUGGUAACAUACACUCCCAGGUCUUUCUCUGCCUCUGUGGUGGAUAGUGGAGUGUGUCCCAUGUGGUAUUGGUGUGCUGGAUAUCCCUUCACUGGUAGCCUGGUAACAUACACUCCCAGGUCUUUCUCUGCCUCUGUGGUGGAUAGUGGAGUGUGUCCCAUGUGGUAUUGGUGUGCUGGAUAUCCCUUCACUGGUAGCCUGGUAACAUACACUCCCAGGUCUUUCUCUGCCUCUGUGGUGGAUAGUGGAGUGUUUCCCAUGUGGUAUUGGUGUGCUGGAUAUCCCUUCACUGGUAGCCUGGUAACAUACACUCCCAGGUCUUUCUCUGCCUCUGUGGUGGAUAGUGGAGUGUUUCCCAUGUGGUAUUGGUGUGCUGGAUAUCCCUUCACUGGUAGCCUGGUAACAUACACUCCCAUGUCUUUCUCUGCCUCUGUGGUGGAUAGUGGAGUGUUUCCCAUGUGGUAUUGGUAUGCUGGAUAUCCCUUCACUGGUAGCCUGGUAACAUACACUCCCAUGUCUUUCUCUGCCUCUGUGGUGGAUAGUGGAGUGUUUCCCAUGUGGUAUUGGUGUGCUGGAUAUCCCUUCACUGGUAGCCUGGUAACAUACACUCCCAGGUCUUUCUCUGCCUCUGUGGUGGAUAGUGGAGUGUCUCCCAUGUGGUAUUGGUGUGCUGGAUAUCCCUUCACUGGUAGCCUGGUAACAUAUAGUCCCAGGUCUUUCUCUGCCUCUGUGGUGGAUAGUGGAGUGUUUCCCAUGUGGUAUUGGUGUGCUGGAUAUCCCUUCACUGGUAGCCUGGUAACAUAUACUCCCAGGUCUUUCUCUGCCUCUGUGGUGGAUAGUGGAGUGUUUCCCAUGUGGUAUUGGUGUGCUGGAUAUCCCUUCACUGGUAGCCUGGUAACAUAUACUCAUUGUCUUUCUCUGCCUCUGUGGUGAGUAGUGGAGUGUUUCUCAUGUGGUAUUGGUGUGCUGGAUAUCCCUUCACUGGUAGCCUGGUAACAUACACUCCCAGGUCUUUCUCUGCCUCUGUGGUGGAUAGUGGAGUGUUUCCCAUGUGGUAUUGGUGUGCUGGAUAUCCCUUCACUGGUAGC